UUACCCUUGCGCAGUUGCGGAUUAAAUAGUGUGUUUAUUUUGAAGAUUAUUGCUCACUAAAAUCUGUUUAGUAUUUUCCAACUAUGAUAGGACGUGAAAAUGAUGUACCAUUUGAUGUCAGAAGUACUGCUGGUGCUACAUUUACAGCCUUCUACGUACCGAAAUGUUCUGAUUUAAAAAUAAAAUAUUCUAUUUCCAGUCACGUCACGUCGCCGGUUCAUCACUGACAUCAGACAGAGAGAGAGCUCGAAUUCGAAAGGAAGUGAGCCAUGAAUUGGAAAGAAAAGGUGAUCGACUGAUGCAUGUUGGCAAAAAUCCACCAAUCGCCCGUAACAUAUACUCUUGGAUCUUUAUUCAUCAAAGACGAUCAACAUGGCUGCUUCAAGUCAGAUCCGAAGCACCAAGUCGUACCUUUGGUACUUGAACGAUGUCCUUGGCACGGGUGCAACCAGUACUGUCUACAGGGGCCGGCACAAGAAAACGGGUGAGUUGGUUGCAGCCAAGGCUUUCAACAGUCUUAGCUUCAUGCGACCUCAGAGUGUUCAGCAGAGAGAGUUUGACGUCUUGCUCAAACUCAGCCAUCGAAAUAUCGUCAAGCUGUUUGACAUUGAACAAGACCAAAUCAGCAAGAAUCCAGUCAUCAUCAUGGAGCUGUGCUCCGGGGGAAGUCUUUAUAGUCUUCUGGAGGACCCAAAGAACUCUUAUGGGAUGGAGGAGGCGGAGUUUAAGCGAGUCUUGGGAGAUGUCUGUGCGGGCAUGAAGCAUCUGCGAGACCUGGACAUUGUCCAUCGCGACAUCAAGCCAGGUAACAUCAUGAUAGUGACUGGUGAUGACGGCAGCUCGGUCUACAAACUGGCCGACUUUGGUGCGGCGCGGGAGCUGCAAGAUGACGAGAAUUUCAUGUCUCUAUAUGGAACUGAAGAGUAUUUGCAUCCAGACUUAUACGAGCGUGCCGUCUUGAGACAGCCAACAGGCAAAACCUUCUCGGCUCGCAUUGACCUCUGGAGUAUCGGCAUUACCUUCUACCACGUCGCGACCGGCGUACUGCCCUUCAGACCGUUUGGUGGCAGAAAAAACAGGGAGACAAUGUUUCACAUAACUACUAAGAAAAAGUCUGGUGUAAUUUCUGGAGUGCAAAAAGAUUCCAUGAAUGGGCCUAUAGAGUGGAGCUCGGAGCUACCCAACACAUGCAGACUGUCACGUGGUCUGAAAAUUCUGCUGACCAAAAUCCUGCGUGGCCUGCUGGAGUGCAAUCCGGAGCGAAUGUGGACCUUCAACCAAUUCUUCGACGAAGUCCAAGUCUUAUUGGCCAUGAAGGUGGUCGAUCUGUUCCACGUCUCGAAGUCGGAAUGUCUCAAGAUCUACGCAGAGCCGCGCGGCACGUUGGCAGAGUUCCAAGAGGCCAUUGCCGAGCAGACUGGCGUCCAAGCCACGACCCAGGCAUUGGUCUGGGACCGAGACUGCUUCUGCCCGGACGCUUCGCUCAAAUGCGAGUCCUACCCAGAGACGACUCCUCAGAACCCUGUGAUUCUGUUGGAGGUGGGCAGGAGUGAUUUUCCACGUGUGGAGACACCUUCUCAACCCAAGUUGCCCAAGAUGUCCUCGACCUAUGACCUUGACAAAGAUGCCAACAUGGCCAAGAUGUCAGUGGCUGUGUUGUACUACAUGUUGGCAUGGUUACAGAACCUCACCUUUAUGCAAGAGCUCAUGACAACGGUCUCCAAGGCAAUUGUAUGUGUUUUGAAAGCCGAGGUGAGGCAGUUAGACUACCACUGCGUCAAGCUCCAUGCCAGCAUCGUGGAGGUUGACACGCGACUUCUGUGCGUCGAGCAAACACUGCCCUCGCCUCUCGUAUCAGCAUCAGUCUUCUCCAGGAUACCCGACCAAGACUCUCUCGGUGUGCGGUUACAGAGCAUUCAAGAUAUAGUCACCAGGAUCAGGAUAAAAGUAGCUCCAAUGGUCAAUUCGUAUGACGGUGUGAAGAAAAAGCUGGAAAGUCUUAUGAAGUAUCUGAUUGUCGAAAACCAGCUGACAAAGAAGUGGGCCGCUUCAGAAGAGGCACUGAAACCAUGUUAUGUGUGUUUAAAAAGGUUUGCAAUUUUUACGGAGGAAGCGCACAAAAUCUACACCCAGUUCAAGAAAGAAAAACAGAAGAAACAUUUGUCAUACAAUGAAGAACAGAUUCACAAAAUGGACAAAGAAAAGCUGAAUCUUAAAAGCACUCAGGCAAUGUCAAUUUGCCAGAGUCAUUGUGAUUUGAGAUGGAAAACUAUCCAUGCGAAGCUCAGCGAGUGGUACAUAAUCGCUCAUCAGUUCCGGCAGCAGGUUCGCGCAGUCGACAAAACACUGUCUCAGCUAGUGCGGGACUACCAGGUCUUGUUACAGGAAGUUCACAUGCUGGAUACAGAUGUACAGCCACCUGUUACAGAAUUCGAGGAAACACUUCAAGAUAGUUUGAUGGCCUUUGGAGCAACACCUAAGACUCCUCGGAGACCAGUGGAUGUAGGCACUAACACAGAUCCGUUUACUCCACUCAGUGGUCUCGCCCAAUCAGACCCCAAGGUGCUGGAGCAAGAGGUUACCCCGGAACAGAUUGCCUCCAUUUCAGAGCAACUUGCAGGCUUACCUAUGGACAGUAAUGGGUACAUCCUCGUACCCAAGGAUGUCAAGGCAAUGUUUGAGGCUUGGGAACAAGAAAUUGACUUGGUCUCCGUGCAGAUGGAAAGUGGACGACAAAAGAUGGAGGCGAUGCAGCAGAUGUCACUGUCAAUGGAACAGGAGGGCAUUUGCCCUCGCUGCGGUCACUUAUCACUCACAGGCGAUAGGGCUCGGGAAGACCAACGCCAACGUUUACCAAGCGAGGGCAGCAGUCAACUCGGCAGCCAACCAACACCAGUGGUUGGGUACCAGAAUAUGGUAGCAGAAACGCACAGACGAAUGUCACGUGAUGCAGCUCCUUAUACCACGGACCGGACACCGGUUGCGAGUGCAUACCAGUUCAUGCCGGAACCUAGCCAACGAUUGCCUCAUGGGGAUGCUAGUCAGUUCAACACCCCGGCACCAGUGGUGUACAUGCCAGAUCCUAGUUGGCCAUUGCCACAUGAGGGCGCUAGCCAGUUAAGUGACCAGGCAACAGUUGUCAGCGGGUUUCAGUACAUGCCUGAACCUAGUCAGCGAUCGUCGCUUGAGGAAGCAAGUCAGUUCAAGAAUCAAACACCAGACAGCGGGUACCAGUUUAUGCCAGAGCCUAGCCAACGACUGACAAAUAAAGGCACUAGUCAGUUUGGUCGUCAAAGUCCCCAACUUGCAAAUGGCGAGUAGCUGUAAGUGGUUGUCACAAAAUAGGGCAAGUAAAAGUGGUGGUACUUUGGAAAGAGAAAGCAUGUUUCAGCUAGAACUAUAAUUAACCAUAAGUUCGACUAUUUUCGCCCAAAGCCAGGCUAGUCAAUUACAGUUCAACUAGACUAGUCGGUUGUCUUGGCUGUGCGCAUCAUAAUGCACAGCAAGGAGUCAGGAACCAAGACGUUUCAUAAUGACCUAUUAAAGGUAGAGUGCACUAUUUGCACCUGUAUCCAAAAAGUAACCAAAUUAUGGUGAAGAACUUACAUAGUGUAAAGAUAAUUAACACUAAUUAAGCUCCCUGUGAAAUCACUGCUUCUAGCACGCUGUCAUUUUGAAGAAAACAAUAAAAGAAGGUCGUUUCCAAAGAUGUGUCAAGUGACAUAUUUUUGGAAAUUUCUGUGAAUGGAUGACAACCGGCUAAAUGAGAAUCACGUCCCAAAUGCUGAUUAGGAGAGGGGGCAAUUCAAAAUAUUACUCGGCAACUUCGGAAUUGAAAUUGAGAUCUAGAAUAUUGUGCAUACAUUUGUUCUGUUUUUUUUCGAAAUACACAGCAUGCACAGAGCUAAAACUUUGUCAGGUUAGUUGCUAAGCACCCGUCUUAAGAUUUUGAGCACUUUUGUUGCAUCAAACAAACAAAAUGCACAAAUUACAAAUGGUCCAUUCCACCUUCACCAUUGUUUGAUUAUAGAGACGUUUGCGCAUUACAAUUAGUGUGCGACGUAAAUUACGUCACAAAGCAACCACCAGGUCACCAACGGUCACCAAUCCAACUUCCUCCUAGUUGCAAGUAUAUGCAUAAAAAUAACCUAUGAAAGUAUACUGUACAAUGUAUGUAUAUAUAUGAUAAAGAUAAAAUGAAGAAGAUAUUUCAAUUUAUAUUCAUUUGAAUUACUGAGAGCAAAUCAGAUAAAAACCAUAUAAAGGGAAGUCAAUUUUGUUUAAAGCCGGUAUUAUAGAAUAUAUGGUGAAAUAUGUUAAAAUGGUUAAUUUAAGUAAAGAAAAAUGUCAUUAAACUGUCAAAUCAGGAUCAAUAAUUAAUAUAGGAAAUAGAGAUUAUGCAAAUCUUUAAAGGAUGUAUAUCAUUUUAAAGCUCUUAUAUUCAAACCCUUCUAUACAGGUAUGUGGAAAUCAUUUGUUUUAUUAGUUUUUCCCAGUUACAAGUCUAGCAUGAGAUUAGCCAAAAGUUAAAAAUUUGCAGUGUAUUUAUCUUUCUUCUUAGACAGAAAUAUUCCUUUAUAAGUGUGGUGGAAAACCAUUUGUACAAACUCAUUACAGUAAUUAACCCAGAAAAUUUUUGAAAAUUGCAAGGAAAAAACUAAAGGCAUCAGGAUCGAAGAAAUGUGAGUAGACGUUUUAAGCCAGCCAAUGAAAUUGCAGCAAAAUAUCUCAGAUACCUCAAAGUAAAAUAAAAGUUUGUUUUCCUUUCUUUUGCAUUCCAAGUAACUUUUUUCCAACUUUCACUCGGGAGGUAACACACUGAGUUUACAGUGUUUAAAACGUCGGUGAAGGGCAAAACCUAAUUUGAUUAAUUAAAUUGGGGGGUUUUUUUUCGUGUUUUUUUUUUGUACUUUACUGCCGUGAGGUUUCAAUAACAUAACCAGAAUCCGUUUUGUGUGUGAAAAUAAGGUAAAUUUUGUUUCAUUGAAGAAAAAUAUGUACACAUUUUGUAAAAGUUUUCAACUUAUUCACUGUUGAUAAAGGUUUGCUCCGUCACGUUACAUUUGUGUGGUGUUUAGCUGUGUAUAUUAACAAAUUGUUGACUGCUGUGGUGUGGGAUAUGACGUUUUUAGCACUUAAGGGGUACAUAGCACCUGGGGUGAAGCUGAGGGUGCUAAGCACCCGAAGGGGGUUAAACACAGCAUAUAUCCCACAUCACAGCAGUCAACAAUUGCUUUGUUAUAUCAUACCAAUAAAUCAAAAGAUAAAUGGUUGUACAUUGUAACUUACAAUGAAAGAAACUACAGUAUCCAAGCACACAAUAAAUGUGUAACAAUUAUACAUUGCACAUGUCAGAUUAAGCAAACUUGCAUCCAAAAUAUAUACUAGUUGUAUAUUGGCAUGUUUAUAGCAACAAGUGCAACGUUCAGGAGCAUAACAGGUGGAGCAGGUGGAUCUAGGUUUUAGGAAACGGAAGGGUUGAUACGAGUGUGGAGGGGAGCGUUGAGUGAAGGUGAAGGCAAGCUGAAGGCAUGCCUUGCCGGAAAUUUUUUCUAAAUCUAUGAUGAUUUCUCGUGCAUUCUAAGGAAAUUUGAGAAUUGGAACCUAAACUAAAGCAUUCAAAUUAUUAUUUUUAGCCCAAUUUUUCUAUUUUCGUGACAUUAGUUGGCGGCUGAACUUCCCCAUCCCCCAAAUCUGCUACUGCGGUAGCAAA